GUCCAACUUAACCCACGUUCCCUUCAGAGUCCGCAUGCUCGAGAUAGUUAGCUUCGGGCAAGUUAGCUAGCAUCAGUCGUGGGCUUGGAGUCACGUUUACAAGAUGGCAACCGAAGCGAAGCGAACCAAGGUAGAUGAUGGGUCACAGAUGGAUCCGCUGCAGAGCUUUCUACAGUGGUGCAACAGAGUGGGCUUGGUACUCAGCAGUAAGGUGUGUGUGAGUAAAGAGGGAACAGUGGCAGAUUAUGGGAUGCUGGCUAAGGACGACAUAGAGGAGGGGGAGGUUUUAUUCACUAUCCCCAGAUCAGCUCUUCUCCACCAGGAAACAACCAAGGUCUCUGCCCUGCUGGAGAAAGAGAGGUCAUGUCUAGAGAGCUCCUCUGGCUGGGUUCCCCUGCUCCUGGCUCUGCUGUACGAAUACACAUCCCCACAGUCCCACUGGAAACCCUACCUCUCCCUGUGGAGCAACUUUAAGACGCUGGAUCACCCGAUGUUCUGGUCUAAGGAGGAGAGAGACAGACUGCUGAAGGGAACAGGUAUCCCAGAGGCUGUGGACACAGACUUGGCGAACAUCCAGAGGGAAUACACAGACGUGGUCCUUCCCUUCAUCACCAAGCAUCCUGACCUGUGGAGCCCCAGCACACACACACUGGACCUGUACACACAGCUGGUGGCCUUUGUCAUGGCCUACAGUUUCCAAGAGCCACAGGAAGAGGAGAAUGAUGAAGACGAUGAGGAGGAGAAGGCCCCAAACCCACCGAUGAUGGUUCCCAUGGCCGACAUGCUUAACCAUGUGUCCAAUCACAAUGCUAAUCUGGAGUUUACACCGGACAGUCUGAAGAUGGUUUGCGUGCGCCCCAUUCAGAAAGGCGAGGAGGUGUUUAACACCUACGGGCAGAUGGCCAACUGGCAGCUGCUGCAUAUGUACGGCUUCACGGAGCCGUAUCAAAGCAACAGCAACGACACCGUCGACAUCCCCAUCAGCAACCUCUACAAAGUCGCCACACAAGGUAUUCAGUCUGAUCUGGACCUGCAGUUGGUGGAGGAGCAGUGGGAGAUGCUGUCUGAGAUGAUGCAAGAGAAAGCAGCCUUUGUCUUUGGCAAACAGGGCUGCCUUACAGACACAGAGCUACAUACUGUGCUCAAGGUGCUCUGCAUGUCAGGGGAGGAGUUCUCAGAGUUCAAAGAUAAUGAAGGGUGGGAGGAAGAUGAUGAGGACGACGAGGCUUCCCUCGCUUUUUCUAACGAGGGUCUGCCUGGAUUAAAGGCUUCAUGGAAAUGGCUCAUUCAUGAAGCAGCCCGUCUGACUUUGAGGUCCUAUGGAGACGAGGAGGAACAGGGUGUGAAGAGCGACCAGGCGCUGAUGGAGGACAAGGCAGCAUUUGAAGGACUGAGCAGCAGGCAGCAGAACGCCCUGCAGGUACUCUGUGGACAGAAGAGCAUCCUGCACAGACUGGUGGAGCUCACCAAGUCAUGACUUCAGCUGCAGCAGGGAGCAGGAGUUUGUUUUUUAUAUCAACGGGGAAACUGAAAUGUCUCAAAACACACUGUUAAUAAAUGUUUUUACUUAAGACAGAUCUCUGAUUUUCAACAGUGCUUUUACACUAUCAGUGUUGAUGUGCGAGGUGUUUUGCCAUUAUCUGUACAGAAAACAGGGAUCAUUAUGACACUUGUUAAGUAAUUGCUGUGUCUCUUGGAUGCCUGCUGGGUACUUUUUGACGCCUGGGCUCUACCUUUUUAUAAAGCUGUGACAUUACCUGAGUGGUGGGGGGGACACCCAUUAAUAUCUCAAGCACAGAAAUUGAAAUACAGGCAGAGGGCAAAGUUUUGUAGAUAAAUGCAUUAGCACACACCUCUAGUGAGUCAUAAGUGAUGAUUGAGAGGAAUUGCUUUUGUUUGAGUCUAUUCAUUGUUAUUUUUUUAGGAAAAUCUUGCAUAGCAUAUCUUAGGACUGUUUCAAAAGUAGGUAUACAAAUCUGGAUGAAAAAUAUGUAAAACCCUAGAACAGUAAUUUGUGUAUUUUUCAGUCUAGACCCCAUUUUCCUACGUUUUCAAGUACAAGUGACUGACUGCAACAGCAGUUUUUGAAAUUUGACCAGUACUGAGCAAGCAGCAGCAAAACAAGCUGCAGUAUAAUCCCUGAGGCCAGUUGAGCGUCUUCAGUUUGCUUCCACUAACAGUGCUUGUUUUUGUCAGACAGGCUCUGAUCAUUUAGUCUGUCAAGAUUAGAGAAAGGAUCCUACUGAAAGACCUUUUUAUUAAACCUGAAACAGCCACAAAAUCUCUACUGUAAACUGUAAUUUGAUUAGCGUAAAACACUCUUCAUUCAGUGUCUUCACAAGCAAAAUAAAAGCCAUCUUGGUUUGUCUUUCUCUGUUCCAACAAUCACUGUCUCUGGUUUGGUAGAAAAAAAAUACUUUAUUCACCCAGUCAGUUUAGAUGUGAAUGCAUGCUGGCUCUGUACACACUUCAUCCCAUGCAAAUCCACAAUGUCCCUAAUUUGCCAAGUAAAACUUACACUGUGAAUUACCUACCAUAUUUCACCAAAUAGAGGUCAUGUGAUAUUACACAUUCGGUGCAAAUCUUCAUCUCGAUGCUUUGGGGUCGUAUUAUUUUUAUUGUUGAACAGCCGCACAUGCAUAUAUCAUACACAGUCAGCUUGUCAGAGAUUUACUGUGCUGCUAAAAGUCUACCACUGGCAGCUACUGGCAACUUUAAGGUGGAAUGUUUGUUUUUUGCAUGUGUGUGAAUCAAUCAACAGACUAAAUGUCAAUAUCCAGACUUUGACCAUUGCAUUUGUUUUGUCUUUCUUGACAAACUUUAGUGAUGAUUGGAUCUUUAAGCGAUUAAAAAAAGUAAAUGAAUCUCAACUGCA